UCUUUACGCCAUUCUUUGCAUUCCUCAAACAGAGCGCGGAUUCGUACGUCUGUUACCAGUUGAAUACAACGACUGCGUGUGUGCGUGAAUUUUGUGGACGUCGCACCGACCGGACGACGACGGCAGCUGUCCGCCGGUUACUGCUGUGAAAUUUUGUAGAAACAACGACGGGGCUCACCUCGCGCUUAGAAACAAUACUUUGGGAUAAAUAUUUAUAUAUAGGCAUCGGCUGAAACAGCAUUUUAAAACGAACGGGAACUGGGAACCGUUUGUUGAAUUUGUUCCUUACCAUAUGAUGGGAGUAACUGAAGUCCGUUCAUAGAGUAGUCCAGUUAAACCGCGAAGCUUUCGCCGUCAGCGGCGUAGUACGAGUACGCAAAGGGUUAUAUGUUCAUGAACCAGCUUCUCAGAUGUACCCGUUGUCGGAGGAAGAUAGCAUGACGUCCCCAGGUUUUGCGGUGGUGUCUAGUUGCAGUACGGUGUCAUCGCCUUGGACGCCGGGCGGAGGUACGGCGGGCGGCAACCCGGACGCUCCGGACGGCGGCGGUAACGGUAUGCGAAGUGCGGCUGGCGUAAAUGCCGGCAGCAAUCUCAGUCUAGAUGUGGACGAUUGCGACGACGACAAAGAACUGUCGGCGGCCGAUGCGGAGGGAGUGUGGAGUCCGGAUAUAGAACAGAGCUUUCAAGAAGCUUUAGCUAUAUACCCACCUUGCGGACGCCGGAAAAUCAUACUUUCCGACGAAGGAAAAAUGUAUGGUCGAAAUGAACUUAUUGCAAGGUACAUAAAAUUGCGAACGGGAAAGACAAGGACGCGAAAACAAGUUAGUUCUCACAUUCAAGUUUUGGCUCGACGAAAACUUCGCGAGAUACAAGCCAAACUCAAAGUGGUGGUGCCUACAGAGCACGCGGCCAAGGAAAAGGCUUUGCAGACUAUGUCAGCCAUGUCCAGUGCUCAGAUCGUAUCAGCGUCAGCAACAGUCGCAGCCAUACACACCAAGGGACUGGCCAGCUUAACUUCAUACCCGCCCGGUGCACCGCCCCCGCCGUUUUGGCAACCUGGACUGCAGCCAGGCACUUCACAAGAUGUCAAGCCAUUCGCUCAAGGAUAUCCUGCUGGAAGUGGAUCAACAGGACUCAAACCUCCACCAUCCACAACUGUGUCAUCUGAAAUUCAACCACCAAGUGUACCACCUUGGGAUGGACGAGCCAUAGCCACACACAAAUUGCGAUUGGUAGAGUUUUCUGCAUUCAUGGAACAUCAACGUGAACCUGAAAUUUAUCAAAAACAUCUAUUUGUUCAUAUUGGAGGACCUGUCGGCUACUCAGACCCAUUACUAGAGUCAGUAGAUGUAAGACAAAUCUAUGACAAGUUUCCUGAAAAGAAGGGUGGCCUUAAAGAAUUAUAUGAUAAAGGUCCACAAAAUGCAUUUUUCCUUGUCAAAUUUUGGGCUGAUCUCAAUUCAAAUAUUCAUGACGAAGCUGGUGCUUUUUAUGGAGUCACUAGCCAAUAUGAGAGCACUGAGAACAUGACCAUAACGUGUUCCACCAAAGUGUGCUCUUUUGGAAAACAAGUAGUUGAAAAGGUAGAAACAGAAUAUGCAAGAUUUGAAAAUGGACGUUUUAUCUAUCGUAUACAUAGGUCACCAAUGUGCGAGUACAUGAUUAAUUUUAUACACAAACUUAAACAUUUACCUGAAAAAUACAUGAUGAAUUCAGUGCUGGAAAACUUUACUAUACUACAAGUGGUUACCAAUCGAGAAACUCAAGAGACUUUACUUUGCAUUGCAUACGUCUUUGAAGUAUCUACAUCUGAACAUGGUGCACAACAUCAUAUGUACAGACUUGUUAAAGACUAAGUACAAAUAAUCUGCAGUUGUAUCACUUGAUGUCGAUUGGGUUUCAGUCGAUCCUUCUUUUGAGUCAUACUAAUUGUGUUGCUAAUAAAUAACUAGUUGUUUUUUUUAUUUUUAAUGCCAAACAAAUUAUAUUCUUACAUAGGUAAUGUUUACCUAAAAGUAAUAUUAAUUAUUUUAUUGUAAAAAAGUUAUAUA